UCCAAGGUAUGAGAAACGUGAACAAUAGCGUCGAGACGGUGAACGCCGCCGCUUCCGCCAUCGCCUCCGCCGAGUCUCGAGUACAGCCGUCGUCCGUGCAGGCAUGGAUCACCACAGUCCAAAGCUCCUCGACAAACUCAACUUCAAUAUUCCUUCCCUUUAUAGCUCCUCCUUCAUCUCCCGCAUCGUUUCUGCAAUCAGGUCCUCCAUCUGUGUCCCACACUCCUCCUGCUGGUCUACUUUCACUGACCGUUAAUACCUAUUCCCGAAACGAACCGCCUUCAGCCUUUGCUAUUGGACCUUACGCCCACGAAACUCAACCCGUAACUCCUCCGGUAGACUCUGCCUUCACCACCCGACCAUCCACUGCGCCAUUCACGCCACCGCCAGAGUCAGGUCAAAUGACUUCCACAACACCUUCUUCCCCUGAAGUGCCCUUUGCUCAGUUGCUUACAUCUUCACUGGAGCGAGCUCGGAGGAACAGUGGGGGAAUGAAUCAGAAGUUUUCCGCCGCACAUUACGAGUUUCAGUCUCAUCAAGUGUAUCCAGGAAGUCCAGGUGGUAAUCUGAUCUCUCCUGGUUCAGUGAUCUCAAACUCAGGUACUUCUUCUCCUUACCCGGGUAAAUGCUCCAUCAUUGAGUUUCGUAUCGGGGAACCUCCCAAGUUUCUUGGUUUCGAGCACUUCACAGCGCGUAAAUGGGGGUCGAGAUUCGGUUCUGGAUCCAUCACACCAGCUGGUCAAGGUUCAAGGUUGGGUUCAGGUGCUUUGACUCCUGAUGGUGGUGGAGGACUCGGGUCAAAGCUUGCUUCUGGUGCUGUGACACCAAAUGGUGCAGAGAUGGUUUCAAGAAGGGGUUCUGGAAAUCUCACGCCUCUCGAAAGCAGCCUUUUGGAUGUUCAGAUCGCUGAGGUUGCGUCUUUAGCCAAUUCGGAUCACGGGUCAUCAAGGCAUGAUGAGCCUGUCGCGGUUAGUCACAGGGUUUCUUUCGAGUUAACCGGUGAGGACGUUGCACGUUGUUUUGCAAGCAAGCUAAACCGAGCUGGUUUAGAUGAUUGUUUACAUGUAAAAGCGAAUGGCGACCACACCUAUGAGGCGGUUUCGCCAACAAACAGAUGGAGUAGCUCGGUUUCUGGUAAUAAAGCUUCGGGAGAAACAGAGAGCGAGCAGAGUCAGAAGCUAAGAUCGUAUUCGCUAGGGUCGAACAAAGAGUUCAAGUUUGAUAACACAAAGGAAGAGAUGAUAGAGAGAACAGCGGUUAGAUCAGAGUGGUGGGCGCAUGAGAAGGUCGCAGGAAAAGGUGAUAACAGUCCAGGAAACAGUUGGAGUUUCUUUCCGGUGUUACGGUCUGGAUUCAGU